GUCGCCAUGGCGCUGUGCGGCCGCUCCGCGCUCCUCCCGCCGCCCCCGCGGCACCGACCCCGGCCCCGAGCCCCGGGGCCCUUCGUCAGCUGCAGCCGCCUCCGAAACAUUCAGAGCAUCCUGACACAGAGCAGCAAAUCUCAGCCUGAUGGAAUCCUCUGCAUUUUAGGGAUUGACAGUCGAUACAACGAAGGGUGCAGGGAGCUGGCAAAUUAUCUGCUCUUUGGUUUGUACAACCAGAACAACAACGACUUUGAAAGGACAGGCUUUCCUGAGGAAGUUCUGGAUGAUAUAAUCAUAUUAAUAAAACCUGACAGUGUUCAUCUGUACUGCAACCCUGUGAAUUACAAUCAUCUUUUGCCCUAUGUGGCACACUGGAGGAACUUGCAUUUCCACUGUCUGACAGAAAAUGAGUACGAAGAUGAAGAAGUUGCAGAGGAAUUCAAGAUUUCCAGCUUUGUGGACAUGGUCCGGGAUUGCAGCCGCAUCGGGAUCCCCUACAGCUGCCAAGGCCACCUGCAGAUCUUUGACAUGUUCAUCGUGGAGAAGUGGCCGAUUGUCCAGGCCUUCGCGCUUGAGGGGAUCGGGGGCGACGGCUUCUUCACCAUGAAAUACGAAUUGAUGGAUGUCAGUGCUGACUUGUGGAAGACCUACAGCAAAAUGGAUCCAGUGUCCUUGGAGGAUUUGCUCUUUGAGGAUUUAAUGAUUUUUGAACACCAGUGGACCAACUUUUUUGCUAAUUUUGACACCGAAAUUCCCUUCAUUCUGGAGCUCUCAGAAUCUCAGGCGGGGGAGCCCUUCAGAAGUUAUUUCAGCCAUGGCAUGAUCUCAAGCCAUAUAACAGAUAACAGCCCGAGCCGGCAGCCCUUCGUCCUUUUUGGCAGCCACUCCACGAAGGAAAACUUGAACUCUGGGAACUUUAAUUUUCCAUCUGAAGGACAUCUGGUUCGAAACACUGGCUUUGGUGGAAGCACUGCCAAGCACAUGGUAGUGCAGUGUGUAUCUCCCAAGGGACCUCUGGCUUGUUCAAGGACCUAUUUUUUUGGAGCCACACACAUUCCUUUCCUGGGAAAUGACAAUGAGAUGCACAAGCAAGCUGAACAAGUUACGCUGUUGUCGCAAAUAUAUUCUGCUGUUGUAGAGGCUGUGCUUGCUGGCAUUGAGUGCUAUGCUAAAACUUCCACUGAAUCCAAGGCAAAGGAAGUGGCAGAGCAGGUGCUCCUGUCUUUGUUAGACACCCGUGGCUUAGCACAGCUGAAAUCUGCUUUACGCUCCAAAAUCGCUUUUCAAAUUCAGGCUGUGAACAACCAUGGCAGAAUUACUCCGUUAGAUAACGAGGACAGCCUCAGUUUGAUCAAAACGGCAUCCAUGAUGGUGUUUGACAUUCCAGACCUGCUCACGGGAAGAGGAUGCUUGGGGUCUGUUGUGUUUUCAGAGUCCUUCCUCACAUCACAAAUACAGGUCAAAGAAAAAGAUGGCAGCAUCCAUCCAGACUCCAGGCACGUUAUCCUGACAUCAGCUAUCCCAAGAUUCGCUUCCUGGCUGGUUGAAGACAGUGACGUGAAACUGUCUGAAAAGGCACAGCAAGUAUUGAAGGAAGACAAAUCUUUCCUGGGCACUUUACUCACUGGGGGUGAUGGAGUUUAUAUCUGUUCCAGCAAUCCACAGGCCAUGCCUGCAGAAGGCAAAUUGUAUUUCUUUUCCGAUGGAAUUCUGUUCUGUGAUCCCCACCACGGCAGCAUUUCCGUUUCCAAGAACCACAUGAGUUCCAUUUCUCUCUAUGAUGGGGAUUCCAACAGCGUUGUUGCUGCUCUCUUUAUAGACUUCAAAAGUUCCCUGCUUCCUCAUCUCCCUGUUGAAUUCCACACCCAGAACAACUUUCUGAUGAUUGCACUUUUCCCCAAAAGAAAGAUUUACAAAGCUUUUUAUUCACAGGUUUUCUCUUCAUGGAAAAACCAGACAAACUCAGGAUUAUCUCUAAGGGUUGUCCAGGAAGAAUUCCUGUCUGAGGAACAAAAGAAGCUGCAUUCCAGUGUUCAGAAGCUCUUCAGCGCCUUGUCUUUUUCUUCUGGGGAAAGAUGCAGGGAGCUGAAGCUGUCUGCUGCCAUUCCAGAACUGGAGAGGUUUGUGCAGCACUUCACAGUCAGCAGCGUCAGUGCCAAGCCAGUGAUGAGAGCACAUCUUCCCAUCCUUCUCCAACAGUCAGAAACCAUUUCUGACAGCAAAGCAGAAGGUGAUAAGGUGAUCAUCACCAUCAUCACUGGGCUGCCAGGAUGCCGUUCCAGCGACCUGUGUUCUUUCCUUGUCACUUUUACCAAGGAGCAUGGCAGGUGGAUUGUUUAUCGGCAGACCAUGGACAGUCCCGAGUGUUUCAGUGCCUCCCACUUCCAGCGCUUCCUGGCCGGGGUCCUGGAGGCUCAGCAGAACCUCGGCGUCCGUCAGCCCGCCCACGCUGGGAAGAGCAAGAGGCUCCUGGUGGUGCUGCAAGGGUACACUGAUGUUAUUGAUGUUGUGCAAGCUCUGCAGACUCACCCUGACCCAGAUGUGAAAUCUUCUUUCAUCAUUGGAGCAGUCAACACCUGUGUGGAGCCUCUGAGCUGCUACAUGGAACACAGGCUUCUUUUUCCCAAGUUCUUGGACCAGUGUUCACAAGGACUGGUGAGUAACGUGGUUUUCACGAGUCAUGCCACAGAGCAGAGGCACCCACUCCUCGUGCAGCUGCAGAGCCUGAUCCGAGCAGCAAAUCCUGGAGUUUCCUUCAUCCUGGCAGAAAAUGGAAUUGUAACGAGGAACGAGGAUAUUGAAUUAAUUCUCUCAGAAAGCAGUUUUUCAAAUCCUCAGAUGAUGAGAGCUCGAUAUUUAAUGUACCCUGGCUGGUACGAGGGCAAGUACGGGGCUGGGCCCGUGUUCCCUCCCAUGGUUCAGAUCUGCGUGUGGUUCAGUCGCCCUCUGGAGAAAACACGAUUUGUGACCAAAUGCAAAGCAAUUAAAUCGUUGCUCAAGCCAAGUCCUUUUUCUGGAAACAUUUACCACAUCAUGGGCAAAGUGAAGUUUUCAGAUGCUGAUAAAGUCAUUGAAGUCUGUCACAACACAGCAGCAAAUUCCCUAAGCCUGGUGCCUGUUCCAGAGGGACCAACUCCUCCUGACUCCAGAAAUGAUCCCAGAGACUGCAGCGGUCAACAGGAAUAUUUCCUUGUGUUCAUUGGCUGCUCCCUGAAGGAAGAGGAUAUCAAAGAUUGGCUCAGAGAAACUGCAAAACAGAAGCCUCAGAGGAAAGCCCUGAAAACCAGAGGAAUGUUAACCCUUCAGGAAAUCAAAAACAUUCACGUGAAACGCCACUUGGAUCCACUUCCAGCUGGUUAUUUUUACAAUGGGACUCAAUUUGUGAAUUUUUUUGGUGACAAAAUGGAUUAUCAUCCAUUGAUGGACCAGUUCAUGAACGAUUACUUGGAGGAAGCCAACAGGGAAAUCGAGAAGUACAACAGGGAGCUGGAGGAGCAGGAGUACCACGACCUCUUUGAGCAGAAGACUUAAGCCCGUGGGUCCUGGGUGUUUCUGUCCUUGUGGCAGGAACCAAAAAUGCUGUUUUGUCCUCCUGACUCAUGAGAUAUCGAGUGAAAUGUCUGUUUUCAGCACUCCUUCCCAAACUAAGGGAUCGUUCCCCUAAGGUUGGCAUUUAACACGGUAACUGCUUAGCUGUUUGUACUGUCAGGUUUGCUUCCACUUCACCUUAAUUCCAGACUGUACAAAGCAUCACCUGGAAUCUCUGGCUUGUGGUGGAAACGUGGGGGAAAAAGAAGAAGGAGGAGGAGAAAAGAAGCAAAACUGGAUUAAUUUCCUAAAAAAACAAAAAGGUCAGAGUGCAAUUGUGGAAUUGGGCCGUGGUGCAGAUAUCAAACAGUCCCUGGGUGUCCCUUGGAAAUGGUUGCACAGGAGCAUCCUGUGAUGAGCAGUGGGGGAAUUCAGGAUUUGGGAUUGGGGUGUUCCCAAAGCGAGAAACGGGGGAACAGACUCGGAAGAGUCCCCAAUCCCAGAACCAUUUGCGUGUUCCUGAAGCAAAAAAUGGGGGAAUAAUUAAAGAAAUGAGAAGAAUCCCUAAUCCCACAGCUGCUGGGAUGUUCCUAAAGUGACAAAUGGGGGAACAAUGGGAAAAACUCAGAACUGAGUCCUUAACAGCUGUUGGGAUGUUCCCAAAGUGAGAAAUGGGGGAACAGUGGGGAAAACUCAGAACUGAGUCCUUAACAGCUGUUGGGAUGUUCCUAAAGCGAGAAAUGGGGGAACAAUGGGAAGAACUCAGAACUGGUUCCUUGAUCCCACAGCUCUUGGUGUGUUCCCAAAGCGAGAAAUGGGGGAACAGUGGGAAAACCUCAGAAGAGCCCCUGAUCCCAGAGCUGUUGGUGUGUUCCCAAAGCGAGAAGUGGGAGAAUGAUUCAAAAAAGCUUAGAAUCCCUGAAUCUGCCGCUGUUAGGAUGUUCCCAAAGCGAGAAAUGGGGGGACAGUGGGAAAAACUCAGAACUGAGUCCCUAAUCCCACAGCUGCUGGGCAUUCCCAAAGUGAAAAAAAUGUGAAAACGGUGGGAAAAACUCAGAAGAGUCCCUAAUCCCAGAGCUGUCAGGUGUUCCCAAAGCGAGAAAUGGGGGAACAAUGGGAAGAACUCAGAAUUGGGUCCCUAAUCCCACAGCUCUUGGUGUGUUCCCAAAACGAGAAAUGGGGGAACGCUUUCUCAGAGUCCCUGAUCCCACAGUUGUUGAUGUAUUGCCAAAGCGAGAAAUGGGGGAAUAAUGGGAAAAACUUAGAACUGAGUCCCUAAUCCCACAGCUGCUGGCAUGUUCCUAAAGCGAGAAAUGGGGGAACAGUGGGAAAAAUUCAGAUUUAAAUCCCUAAUUCCAGAGCUGUUGGUGUGUUCCCAAAGCAAGAGGUGAAUGAUUAAAAAAAUUAAAAUCCCUGAAUUUGCUGGUGUUAGGAUGUUCCCAAAGCAAGAAAUGGGGGAACAGUGGAAAACAACUCAGGAGAGUCCCUAAUCAACAGUUGUUGGGAUGUUCCCAAAGCGAGAAAUGGGGGAACAAUGGGGAAAACUCUGAAGAAUCCUGAAUCCUGCAGCUGUUAGGAUGUUCCCAAAGUGAGAAAUGGGGGAACAAUGGGGAAAACUCUGAAGAAUCCCGAAUCCUGCAGCUGUUAGGAUGUUCCCAAAGCGAGAAAUGGGGGAACAAUGGGAAGAACUCAGAACUGAGUCCCUAAUUCCAGAGCUGUCAGAGCAUUCCCAAAGCAAGAAAUAGGGGAAUGUGAAAAGCUUGGAUGAGCACCUAAUCCCACAGUUGUUAGGAUGUUCCCAAAGUGACAGAUGGGAGAACAGUGGGAAAAACUGAAGAAUCCCUAAUCCCAGAGCUGUCAGGAUGUUCCCAAAGCGAGAAAUGGGGGAACAGUGGGGAAAACCUCAGAACUGAGUCCCUGAUCCCACAGUUUCUGGGGCAUUCCCAAAGUGAAAAAUGUGGAAACCCUGGGAACAACUCAGCGAAGUCCCUAAUCCCAGAGUUGUCAGGAUCUUCCCAAGUGAGAAAUGGGGGAACAGUGGGAAAAACUCAGAAGAGUCCCUAAUCAUCAGUUGUUGGGAUGUUCCCAAAACGAGAAAUAGGGGAACAGUGGGAAAAACUGAAGAAUCCCUAAUCCCAGAGCUGUCAGGAUGUUCCCAAAGCGAGAAAUGGGGGAACAGUGGGGAAAACCUCAGAACUGAGUCCCUAAUCCCACAGUUUCUGGGGCAUUCCCAAAGUGAAAAAUGUGGAAACAGUGGGAAAAACUCAGAAGAGUCCCUAAUCCCAGAGCUGUCAGGGUGUUCCCAAAGCGAGAAAUGGGGGAACAAUGGGGAGAACCUCAGAACUGAGUCCCUGAUCCCACAGCUGCCAGGGUGUUCCCAAAAGUGAGAAAUGGGGGAAGGCUUUUUUCAGCGUCCUUAAUCCCACAGCUGCUAGGGCAUUCCCAAAGUGAAAAUUGUGCAAACAGUGGGAACUGCUCAGAAAAGUCCCCAAUCCCAGAAUUGUCAGGAUGUUCCCAAAGCAAGAAUUGGGGGAACACUCCCGCCCCCACCUUUGCCAGGGCACAGCCCAUCUCAAAACCUCAGCACAGUUUGAGUCUGCACUUGAAAUUCUGACUUUAAAGAAAAGCUAUUUAUACAUUUCAGGGUGAAGUCAGUGGAGAAAUCUUAAUUUCUUCCCAGUGCUCUCAUUGGGAUUCUGGAAAAUAUUUCCAGGCUGGCUGCAAUGGGCACCUUGCUGUUGCUUAGAUUAUUCCUGGAGGAUUCCUAUUUCAGUCCUAAAAACUAAGCAAGGCAAGGGGGAGAUUCUUCAGCUGAAGAAUUCUUUUUCAUGGAGAUGAGUGAUUUCCAAAGGUAAAAAAUAGCAAAGGAUGUUACUUGAAAGAGGCAGGAACUUGUUUGUGGAGCUUCCAGGAGAGUUUGCACACCGUAACAUUUCACUGUGCUGGUGAGAAAUCAGCUUUUAAGUACUUGCAACAGAAUUUUUGUAGUUCCUAAAUGACAGAACAGGAAUGCUGGCAGCCUGUCCUGACUUAAUUCAGUAUCGUUUUAAGGGACGCUUUAUAAAUCCCUGACUGAAGGAUUAUAAAGUACCUUAGCAGCUACUUACAGGUAAUUAUUGGAGUUUAUUUGAAUGAGGAGAUUAUUCUAGCAUGCACGUGUUCAGAAUUUAGGUGAGAACAGCCCAGCAGGAAUUUUUUUUUAUUUUCAUAUUCCUUUGCCUUAGGGACAGCUCGAUCUUUUACUGCAACUGCAGCUUUUCUUUCUGACCAGAUGUUUGCGAUACAGCAAGAAAUGGAAUGAAAAAAAUCUCUUGCAGGACACUUAAAAUACUUCAAAUGUAUUUGCACAGCCUCAUCCAAUGGCAGGAAAAGGAUAUUUAACCCCUGCCGUCAAACCUGAGGUGAAAUUAGAGUUUAUGCUUUACUAAAGAGAUGUAUUUUUUACCUUUGGAAUAUGAAAUUUCAGUGACCUGAAGCACAUUUUUAAGCGGUUUUGGUCUUUGUUGCUGGGUGCCCGUCCUGUGAGUGUUCCACAGUGCAGAGGUGGAAUUCCAGGUGCUGCAGGCUGGGAUAGAAAUACUGAUAAGGUUUCAUUCCUCUCUCUCCUCCUAGAUUUAAAAAGCUGUCUGAAUUGAAGACUUCAAUAUUCUACUUUACUUUUUAUUUUUCUUUUUUGCACACCACGAGACUUUAUAUAUAAAAAAAACCUACUUGUAUCCUGUUAGAGGCCAGUAAAAGCCAGCAAUUAGUUUGUGUUUUUAGGCUUUCCUGGGAUGUAUUCCCUGGAUCACAAGUGUGGAGCAAUCCUGAUAAAGCUUGUGAGUUUUAUCUAUGCAUGGCUAAAUUUUAGUCUUAAUAUCCUGUAGUGCCUGUAGAGCAAAGGUAGCUAGCAGUGGGUUUUGGGGCAGGGGGUGGCUACCAGGGGUUUACAGCUAAAUCCAGUUGGUUGCAUGAAAUUUAUUUCCCGGCCCAGAAUUUUUUUAGGAAUCCCCCAACUCCUGGUGGUAGCGCUGCAAUAAAGGAGGGGCGUUAGGAAAUGGAACUCCCAAUUGGAAUUGCUUUGCCAAUUGAACUCCGUGUAAACCCGGCGGUUCCGAUCCCGGUUCUCUCAUCUGCAAAGCCAUAUUUUUAGAGUAGUGGGAUGUGAUGUGGGAAGAAAUUCCAGGGGUUGGGACAGCAGGCACGUGGUGGAGGCUUCGUCUCAACUCAUGAGUGGAUACAGAGUAGAUUUAAGUGCAAUUGAUUGAAACAAUAGAUGAGGAUGCUGUAGCUGAUUUUCGCUCUGCUGAACUCUUUUUAAGAACUCCAAUUUGUGCAGCUCUCAAAUCAAGAUGUGGAUGGGGCUGAUCCAGCUGCAAUUCCAAGCCCUGUGGGGGAAAAAAAAAAAGAAAAAAAAAGAGAAAUAAUCGGGGUGUGACUGUGCAAAUUGGAGCUGUUCCUUAAAAACUGGAGCAGAAGAGCUCAGAAGAAAGGCCUAGAACCCUCCUGUUCUGUGCUGCAUGUGCUCUAUGGUCAUAGCUGUGUAUUACAAAAAGACCUUUCACCAGACUGGUACUGGCUCAAUUCACGUCUUUUGGUAUUGAAAGAAAUUGAUUACCUCAAUUUUUUUUUUUAGCCUUUAUUUUUCAACUGUGACUUUUCAACCAGAACGAAGAAAAAAAAAAAAAAAAAAGGAAAAAAAUACCGAAAUAGUGAAACUGUGACAAUGGUAUCCUUUAAAUGUAGUAGUGCCUUGCAGAUGACGCCAUUUAUUCCCCAAAUAAAUGGAUGUCAGGGGUUACACCCCACCAAAAUAACGGUUUUGGUGAAAGGACUUAAAAAUUUAACCUAGUGACAAGUAUUAGCACAAAUGGUUAAAGUGUUUAAAAGAAAACUCUUUGAGGACUGAAAUAUGUAAAUGCCUGAUGCUGCUGCUGUUGAAGAGCAGUUGCUGAUUUUUUGGGAGUCGAUUCUAACGAUCAGCAGCGCUUUUUGAAUUUUUUUUUUCUUUUUUUUUUUAAGAAGAACGUAACUUUUGUACUCUGGUCAGAGCUGAUUGUACUGUAUGGAAUCCCCAGCCCUGGGGGUUUGAUGUCCUCACUCCUUAGAAGUCGAGGUGAGGAUGGAGCUACUCCGAAGGAUGGAGGUUUGAACAUUUUUUUUUUGGUUUUGUUUUUUGCUACUGUACAAUUAAACCAACAACAAAAAAAGCACCAUUUCUAACCCACUGAUGUUUGGAUACAGCAAAAGUGCCAUUACACCCUUCCUUUUCUCUUUUACUGUACUUGGAAAAGAAUUUGUGUCCAGGCAUUCCUGAGCUUGGGAAGUGCUGAAGAGUCCUCAAGGGGUUUCCACGCUUUGCUGACCUCUGUUAGCAGCUUGUGGUGGUGUUUUUUUUUCUUUUUCUGUCUCCUCACCGAGAAUGAGUGUGAUCAGAAGUUACUGAAGUUAUAGGCGUUCUAAUGUGACAAACUUAGCAGGGGAACCUUUGCAACUUGAGCUGCUCUGCAGUCCGGGAGUAUUUGAAUUUUUAAGCUGUGCAAUUUGGGAUUAAUCCAGUUUUACACUUUGCAAUUAACACACCGGAUUGCAGGGAGGAGUUAAGUUGCGUGCGAGGGUUCCCCGAUAAGUUGGGGUGGGUAUUUUUUUUUAAUUAUUGUUAUUUUUUAAUUGAAACUUGUCCGAAUUUGCACAGAUUUAAGCUCUGGAAUACUUUGGUAUUCUUGAAAAGGGAAAAAAAAAAAUAAAUUGUGACUAGUAUAGUGAAUUGUGAACUGUGAGUUGGUAGAAUCACGAGGUUGAUCUAAUUAAUCUUAGGUUGUUAAAAAUGUACCUCAGAAAGCUCGUGAGAAAUCGCUUCGUUUUUACACAACAGCCGGAUCCUGACCUAACACUUCUCACUUUACAACGUGCCAAAAUUCACUUUUAUACUAGUUCUCAAUGCUUUAAUAUUUGCAACUCUUAAGUUAAAAACGUGUUAUUUACAAACACUACUGUAACUUCAGUUCAGCUGAACGGUGUGAUUGAAGCUUUUUGCCUCUCGUAUUUAUUACACAACUUGAUUCAGUAAAUAUAAAAUGACCUUUCCAUUUAUUUUUGUAUUGUUUUACAUGUUUAUACCUGCAGUUUGUGUGACUUUUACACCUGUAACUCAGAUGUGAUGGAAAGAACCAAUAAACAGUAUCCAUCCAC